CCGCCGGUUCUGCUCUUCGAGGGCGCUCAGCUCCGCCGGGGCCAGCAAGGCCAGUCUCAGCUCCCGCACCACCGGUGCCGCCACCUCGGCCACAGGCCGCUCCAGCACCGCCUGCAUCCCUUGACCUUCUGAGAAGUCACCUGAUCCCAGUCUGUCUGGUUCACCUGUCCCCCAAACACAGGUAAGAGGAGGAUGAGGGGGGCAAAACGCUUAUCACAGAGUAAGGGGGUGAUGUGCUAAGAUGGCCAGUGGCACCCUACUGGUCAAGUGUGGGUCUUCCAGCCGCAGGUCCAUGGCUGGCAGGCCACUGCCCCCAGGACGCCAGGAGGAGGAGGCUUCCAAAGAGCCGGGGCUCAAACUGUCGGCAGCACGGCCCCCUGUACGCCUGCAGAGCCCUGGCCCGGCCUCCCGCCGAGGCUCUGUGCUGGGUGCCGCUGCCUCCUUUUCCCGCCGCAACUCGCUGGCCGGGCCAGGUCCAGGAGCUGGAGGUCGGCGACCAUCCCUGGGUCCAGUGCCUCCGCUCAGCUCAAGGAUCAGCUUCUCGGGGCUGCCCCUGGCACCCGUGCGCCGGGUGGCACCAUCGUACCGCAUGGAGCCGGCGCCCGGGGAGCGCUGGGAUGCGACCCGAGCCCAGCGCGCCCUGGAAGCGGCUCUGGCUUGGGGGCUGCGCGACGCCUGCUACUCAGGGACCGAGGCGGGGGCCCUGGCCCGCGAGCUGUGCGAGCAGGUGCGUGUGCGCCUGCGGGAGCUCAGCCCGCCGCGCUACAAGCUGGUGUGCAGCGUGGUGCUGGGGCCGCGCGCCGGCCAGGGCGUGCACGUGGUCAGCCGUGCGCUCUGGGACGCUGCGAGCGACGGGCUGGCCUCCGCUUCCUUCACAAACACCUCACUCUUCGCCGUGGCCACCGUGCACGGGCUCUACUGCGAGUGAG